AGAGACAGCACACUUGGUGCGACUACAGCCGGGUGUAGGACACAGCAGACAGCAGGCAGCUUAGAAAAGGCUAGAAAUCAGAGAUGAGGGCAGAGGAGAGUAUCACAGCGUUCAGGAUAACCGCAUCACAAGCAGACUAAAGGUUUAAUAAGGGUGAUGAAGUGAUCCCAGAGGAGGGAUGGGAGAGGAUGAGGCUGCAGGGUCGCACACUCAAAAUCAAGGAAGUCACCGUAACAGACCAGGGACUCUACCUCUGCUCCGCCGUCAACGGCUUCGGCAAGGAGACCUUCUCCAUCACUCUCAAUGUUAUCGAUCCUCUAGCAGGGUCAUCGUCAUCGUCGUCGUCAGUAGCUGGAGGUCUUCCCCCAGAAUUCACACAGCUGCUGCCACCUGUACCAGGCAAGAUAGACAAGCCAGUGGGUCACAACGUGAAACUCAAGUGUCAAGUUACAGGAGUACCAGAGCCUACUGUCACCUGGUUCAAGGAUGGUGUUGAACUUCGAGAGGGAUCUCUUGGGGGAGAGUCACGCCUCACACGUCACUAUCUUCAACUGCUGGAGUUGAGGCCCCAGGAUGCUGGAACCUACACAUGUGCUGCCGCCAACCAAUUUGGUGCAGCAGCUGCCAACUGGACCCUCAGAGUCAUAGAUCAAGCACGCCCAAGAGAGCCAGAAUUCAACCCUCUGGAUCCUGCCAACACUACUGUGGCCUUGGGAGAGUCUGCCACACUUCAAUGCAGUGGCAGCUCUGAAGUUACACCACACAUUAAAGGACUCCAUGGGACACUUGAUGAAUUGGGAUGUGGCACAACUCGUUCUCAUAGAACUGGUAAUUCCCGAGUGACAGCACAGGGACACAGGUGUGUUUAUGCGUGUACUGCCACAAAUAACUUUGGACUGGCUUACAGUCAAGCACUUCUGUCUGUGCUUGAUGAAUCUUCAGAUGGUAAUACCUUAAUGCUAGUGGUUGGUCUGGCUUGUGUAGUUUGUGUCAUUCUAGUGAUUAUAGCAGUUGUGUUGGUACGAAGGGUACAGACCACUAAACCACCACCACCACCUGGCCCUAAUGAGAGUGCCUUAUUGCCCCCACCACCCAUAAGUCAGGGCAAGAUGCAGCCUCCAUCUUCUCAUCACCCACGUUACGUACCUGGUAUACACAACACCCAGCAAGGGGCACCACAUGGUCAUGCUGUUGGUCCUGAGGGCCCUAUGCUGCAAUAUGCUGGGGGUGUGGUGCAUAUCCCACCACAGUCAGCCAUGGCAGGUGGCGGCCAAGGAGCUCAACCUAUCAUAGUUUAUCAAGACCCAGCCACAGCUGCCUCUGUGUAUAUUGCACAACGACCACCAGCACCUGCAACAUCUGCUGGAAGACCAGAGUACCAAUACCAACACUUAGAUGUUAUAUGAUCACGGGACAGACUAGUUUAGUAGAAGCAUGGUGCCUCAGAAAUUAUCUGUACACUCAUGCUGGACUCUGUGCUCAGUUGGAAUUAAUCUGAAUGUAGUGUCAAGUGUGUUUGCAGUUACUGCAAAUAGAACACUGUUGAAUUAAGGCACUGGACUGCCAGAAAAUUGUAAACUGUAUUUAUAUUAACACAUUAACAAGAAUCUGUGAUAAAGAUGAAAGUUACAAAUUGAUAAAGUAUAUGUUGAGUGACUUUUGUCAUGUCCUCUAAAUAUAUCUGCAGUUUAUACAAAUGCAGAUGAAAGUUACAAAAAAUUAGUAUGCAGUUAUUAUAGGAAAAAUAUAAAUCUAGUCUAUCACAAAGCUGUUAGUUUUCCAAGACAUUUUUAUGCAGGGUGACUACAUGGUUUAUAACACAUUAUUCUUUAAUUUUUUUUAUUUGACCAAGCAUGACACGUACUUAGUUUAUUAUGCUCCUGCAAAUAUGAACUUGUAACAAUUUUCAUUAUAGUAAAUUCAGAAUUAAGCUAUGGCUGAAAUGAGUAUACUGUAUUACAGUAGAUUUAUAUGUCAUUUCUGAUGUUGAAGUCUAGUCACAAAAACCAUUUUGUCAAUGGUUUUCAAAUCUCUAUACAUAUGUACAGUAUACCAUAGAUAGAAUUAUAUUAUGUAUUAACUCAUUCCAUGUGUGAGGAUGCUUUUACUGGUCCCUUGAGGAAAAAAAAAUUGAAACUAAAAAUAUAUUAAAGCAAGUACAUCCUCAGACAGUAUUUUUGAUAUGUGCCAAAGGAAGUAAAAUGAACUGUAAAUUAUGAUUAACUGUCUAAAAAUUUAAGGGAUUAUUUGAUAUUCUAAUUUAUGUGAUAAUUAGGAAUUAUACUUUAUGGGAAAGGCAUAUAAGAUAAGAAAUGCUGAGUAAAGUUUUGUAAAUACUGCCUUGUUAAUAAUUCAAGCAAUUAUCUUGAAUUACACCAGAAAUAUAUGCAUGCAAGAAGUAGACACUUUCCAGUAUUGGUGGUGCUGUAUAUAUCAGUUUUGUGCACCUUCUGGAUUUAUUGAAGUUGCAAAAAAAUGGAUAAACCUCUAUGGGUUAAACCACCAUUCACCAGUGAGGCUUAUGAUUUAUUAGCUAUGUUAUUUUUCUCUUAAUAAAUUUUAAUAGAGCACUUAUAUAGGUUUUACCUUACUCUGCUGCCUUACAAAAGUUGGAUUUUUUAUUUAGUUGCCAUCUCAUUCUUUGAAUUUAACUAGCUUGCACUCAAUACAAAAAUAACUACUGGUAGGUAGCCACAAAGAUCAGUGACUGUAGGUUAUAAUCCUAUACACUAGCACCAUUCAGGUGCAGGUCACUGCUGCCAGAGUUAACUCUGUACUGUCCAGUAAAUUAUAUUACUUGCAUCAACCUCAUUAACAUUCACCUUUUUACCCUUUGUUCAUCCCUUUUAAGACUGAAAUUUUAUGGUGUUAAAUGUCUUAAAUUUAUAGUCUCCAUUGAAUUUUGAUAGACUGAGACAUGUAAACAGGUCUGUACUUUAUAUUUUUCUUAACUUAAUUUUCUAUUCUUGAUAACGUGUUUGAUAAUCUGUAAAUACAAUACAUUACAUAAUUGGUCACUUUUUUUCAUAAGUCAUGCACUCUUGUGAAAUCCAGU